UCACCCUCUUCCUCGAAAUGUGACAAACUUGCCCUCACGCGUCAUUUCCCGCGACGCCCAUUGUCAAGAAUCGAAGAACCUCAAAGCAGAUUUCCCUUCACAAUCAAUCAAUCAAACGUUGGCAUCUCUUGCGGCGAGGGAAUCCUCUCACACACUCACUAGAUCCCUCUCCCUCUCCGUCUUCCUCUUCCUCUUCUUCGAGCCCGCAGUCAGUCCAUUCCCCACUCAGAUCGCAUUCACUAGAACAGGAGAUCCGGAAUCGGCCGAUCGAUCGGGAUGGACGACGACGGCCCCCUGCCGACGACGGCGUCUUCCGGGCUGAGCUCGAAGAAGGAGGCCCCAGAUUCGAGCCUGUUCGGCAGAGGCCGGUACAAGUUCUGGGCCUUGGCGGCCAUCCUGCUUCUAGCCUGCUGGUCGAUGUUCACCGGCACCGUCUCCCUCCGGUGGUCUGCCGGCAACCUGGACCCCAUGUACGACGACCUUGACAUUCUUGUUCACGACGACAUUGACGUCCUUGAAAUGGAGGACAGGGAGGAGAUGGUAAAGCACAUGUGGGAUGUGUACACUAGCAGCCGUCAAGUCAGGCUUGCUCAAUUUUGGCGUGAGGCGUUCGAGGCUGCAUUUGAGGAUAUGACCAGCGAGGUCCCCGGCAUUAGAGAGGCCGCUACCUCUGAGAUUGCAAAGAUGUCGUUGCGGUCUAUUAUAGUCCAUCCCCCUCCCGUCCAGACCACGAGUGCCCGAGAAUUCAGAAAGAGUUUCAACAUAGCAGAGAGAGGCAUGUCAGGGGGAACUCGGCGAUGAUGAGAAGAAUUCUCUAGGAUUCAGUGCUUCAAAUCACCCUUAGUCCAGGCAAUUUUACACCAGCCUCUGAGGUCAUAGCAGGUUCAAAAAUGGUCUAAUUCUUCAUUCUUUUACACAAACUCCUUUUUUUUUAUCUUGUUAGCCGCUUAUUGUUUUGUAAGGUUUUGUUGUCAUAUCGUUGUUUUCCUGGGAUAGAAAUUGGAGCAACCUUUUCGCCUGCUUAUUUUAAGCGAUGCCUGAUAUUUGUUGAUGAAAACUAAAUCCGAAGGUGCUCCCGAACUGGGUAGAGUUACUUUAUGUGACUAAGGGAGCAAUAUAAUCCACAACAUCCAAAUUCAAGCAUUUUUCUU